GCUGGACAAAUAGAUUGGAUGUAUUCGUCGUGUUAGAGGUCAUUUCACUUCUUGGCGUUUCGUCCAGGCGAUUGGAUUUUAAAUAAAUGUUAAACAUUUAUCAACGAAUUAACGAAUGGAAGCGUUUCUUAUUGCCACGUUUAACGACCCAGACAACCCUUUCGCAUUACAUACCAAUGGUCGGAGCAUUGAGCCACUCGCUAUACUCUAUGCAUAUUCUUUCACCAGACUUACUUACCAGGUACUUUGGUGUUCAUGAUUUGGCAGUGGAAUUUUCGAUACUCUGUACCGCUACACUCGGUCCUGGUUUUGCGGUCUAUUUUCGACCGCACAUGAAUCGUUUGGGUUGGUGGAAACGUGUUGAAUAUAGUGUAUUUGCAGCUGUCAUAUUUACAUAUGGAUCAUUAUUUGCCGUUAUUUUCCUUAAAGACAUUUUGCCGAAGACCCUCAAUGUAUGGACGAAAUCAGUGGUUGGAGUAGGGAUGAGUUUGGUCCUGUUAUCACGAGGUUACAAUUACCUGAAUUUUCAUGAUUCUCGACUCAGAUAUCGAAAUGUGGCGGUCCACACUACACCAGUAAAACCAAUUGCAACUUCACAGAAUGAGUAG